GCGCCACUUCCGACGCAGCCCUCGGUUCAGGUUCCGGGGCGCCGCGGAGCUCCCGGCCUGUGGGUCGCGCUGUGCGCGACGCGGUGGCCGGGAUGCAGGAGGCCGGAGCGCCGGUGGCCGCGGCCGGCGAGGCCGAGCUGAACUUGUCCCGCCUCAGCGUUUCUCCCGAGACGCUGGAGUCGGAGCUGGAGGCGCGGGGCGAGGAGCGGCGCGGCACGCGGGAGGCGCUGCUACGGCUGCUGCUGCCGCACAACCGUCUGGUGUCGCUGCCGCGGGCGCUGGGCAGCGGCUUCCCGCACCUCCAACUGUUGGACGUGAGCGGCAACGCGUUGACCGCGCUGGGGCCGGAGCUGCUAGCGCUGAGCGGCCUGCGCACGCUGCUGGCCAAGAAUAACCGUCUCGGCGGGCCCGGCGCGCUGCCCAAGGGCCUGGCCCAGUCGCCGCUCUGCCGCAGCCUCCAGGUGCUCAACCUCAGCGGGAACUGUUUCCAGGAGGUGCCCACCUCGGUGUUGGAGCUGCGUGCGCUGCAGACCCUCAGCCUUGGAGGCAACCAGCUUCAGAGCAUCCCGGCUGAGAUCGAAAAUUUGAGGAGUUUAGAGUGUUUAUAUCUUGGAGGAAACUUCAUCAAAGAAAUUCCACCAGAAUUAGGAAAUCUGCCUUCUCUAAAUUACUUGGUAUUAUGUGACAACAAAAUCCAGAGUGUGCCUCCUCAUCUUUCACAGUUGCAUUCACUUCGUUCCCUCAGUCUUCACAAUAACUUGCUGACAUACCUGCCUCGAGAGAUCCUCAACCUUAUUCAUUUGGAAGAAUUGAGUUUGCGUGGAAAUCCACUGGUUGUUCGUUUUGUGAGAGAUUUAACCUAUGACCCUCCAACUCUCCUGGAGUUAGCUGCACGGACCAUUAAAAUUCGAAAUAUUUCGUACACUCCCUAUGAUCUUCCUGGGAAUCUUCUUAGAUACUUGAGUUUAGCCAGCAAUUGCCCAAACCCAAAGUGUGGAGGAGUCUACUUUGAUUGCUGCGUCAGACAAAUUAAAUUUGUGGACUUCUGUGGGAAGUACCGCCUUCCCCUAAUGCACUACUUGUGUUCACCAGAGUGCUCAUCCCCUUGCAGUUCUGCCUCUCACAGCUCCACAUCCCAGAGUGAAUCUGACUCGGAAGAUGAAGCUAGCGUUGCUGCACACAGAAUGCAGAAAGUUCUUCUUGGUUGAAAAGGGUGCAGGGUGGGGCGAAACACUAAAUACUGAACAGAGGUGGUCAGAAAAGAGAAUAGACUCUGAAGUUCACUAGAAACCUUAUCUUCAUUUUGAAUGUCCACUGCACAGUUGAAGAUGGUGUAAAAGGUUUUGUGUUUCUAGCCAUUCAGCGGAAAUGAAUCCAGUUCCAUGUUUGAAUUCUUUGGUUGUAAUUCACUCUGAAUGGUAGUUUCAAAUUUGGCUGGUUGCAGUUUUCACUCAAGUUUUGCAUGAGUCACACCACGGAAUGGACUAAACCGUGAGCGGUAUAACUUGUAACUGUUGAGAAGAAGAAAGUAAUGAUCAAAGCUGUAAUUUUUACCAGAGUUGUCUUUGAAUUUAGAUUGAACGCUAAACAGGAUUAGCCCUCUUUUCCUGUACUGCCCAUAGGUCUAGAUUUCAGAGUUCAGAUAAGUUCACAGGUGGUUAUAUAGGACCAAAACCUUUCUCACCUACUGACUGGUAAAGUAAGGGAUAUAAUUUUACAUGGGAUUUUAAAACUCUUCAGUUCUGCUCCUUUGUUCUAGAUGAUUAUUGUUAUCCUUAUAUAAUCCAGCAAUGACUGUAAUAGUGCCUUAAUCAUAACAAGGAUUUAGAAAUUUAUUCAAGAAAUGAUACCAGAGCAGCCUAUAACCUGACAUACUAUGCAGAAUACUUUGAAAUAUGCUUUAGCAGAACUAGGUAAACAGUUGUAUACCUGACGUCUGAGCUUAUGGCCACCUUAACUUCACUUUUUGUUUAAUUUUCUAUAAACAAAUCACUUGUAUACUUAAUGGGGAGGCCACAGUCUUGAUCAACCUGUUCAUCAUAAGACAGAAUAAUAGUUUUUGAUGGAAAAAUCUGUCAGAUUUCUUUUAACAGAAAAGAGAUAUAAGAUAGGAAAGCUACCUUAUAAUUUGCAUUAAAGGAAUGGGAAAAUGGUUUUAAACUUUUAGUGUUAGUGUUGAGUAUAACUCCUUUGCUUGUAUGUACUGAACUAUAACUUCCUCUACAUCUUAAAGAAAAACUAGAGAAAGAUUACAGCAAGCAAAAUUAAAUUGGGUGUAGCAGUCGUGUUUUUACACAGUAAAACAGUUUCCAAAACAAGUUUAACCAUGGAGUGCUUUUUGAAAAUAAUAUAUUGAUAAAAUAUUUAAAAUGUAUUAAAUUUACCCUUAAAGUAUAGGAGGAAAAUGGUUUCACAAGUUGCUGGUAGAAAUGACCAAAUUUUUAUUAACUAAUUUAGUAUACAAUAAAAGUCGAGUAAUAGUACAACUAUAAGUGAUAUUAUAAAAUAAAAUACACAGCACACAUUAGCAAUCAUUAGAUGAUUAAUAUGCAAUAACAUAAUGGUUUGUUGGUAAAUAUUACCCACGUCAAAAACACGUUGGGGAGUUCCUGUGGUGGCUUAGCAGGUUAAGAACCCGACUAGGAUCCAUGAGGAUGUGGGUUCAAUUCCUGGCCUAGCUCAGUGGGUUAAGGAUCCAGGGUUGUCACA